AGCAAUGAGCUAUAUUUUAGUUGCAUGAAAAAUACAUUACAUGUAGAAAUCUCCUUCCCUUGUUUUCUUCUCCAGGAUAAUCAUAUAAGGAGGAGAGGCAGAAGAAAACAAGGAAAAAACUAUGGAUUGUUUUUUCGAUCCAUUUCUACCUUCUCCUUCUUCGGUUUGUCUGCUCCUCUUGUCGGGAAUAUCGCGUCAGAUUCCGGUCACGAGCGUCAGUUUCCCGGUGGAUUCCUCAUUUUGAGUACCCCUGUUUGGUUGCCGGGAAAAGAGAAAAAUACAAGAGAAGAGAAGAGAAGAGAAGGGAAGAAAGUAUCAUUUUUUUUUUCUGGGAUUUGGGAAACAAACAGAAGGGUUACCUUACUGAAUUGCACAAAAUAUUUUGAAGUUAAAAAAGCAAAACAGUCAUACCCCAUUUGAGGGUGGUAGGUAUACUGAGGAGUGAGGAAUAUUGAAUAAAGCUAUGGGGCACUUUUCCUCCAUGUUCAAUGGACUGACGAGGUCAUUUUCAAUAAGAAAAGAGAGGAAUUCUCGUGGGAAUGGUGAUGGAAGAGAAACUGCUGAUGCAAUGGCAAAGGAAGCGAAGAAGAAUGACUUGAUAUUGAGGUCUUCUGGUUGUGUAAAGGUUGAUGGUUCUAACAAUUUUGUCUCAGUUUUUUCCAAGAGAGGCCACAAAGGAGUUAACCAGGAUUGUGCUAUUGUAUGGGAGGAAUUUGGAUGUCAAGCAGACAUGCUUUUCUGUGGUAUAUUUGAUGGGCAUGGACAAUGGGGCCAUUAUGUGGCAAAAAAAGUCCGAGAAUCAAUGCCUUCUUCCUUGCUGUGCAACUGGCAAGAGACUCUAGCAUCUCUUGACCCAGAUAUUGAUUUGGAAUCAGAUAAAAAGAAUCAGAGAUUCAAUAUAUGGAAGCACUCCUAUAUGAAGACUUGUGCUGCAGUUGAUCAGGAGCUCGAGCAGUAUCGAAAGAUUGAUUCAUUCUACAGCGGAACAACUGCAUUGACAGUUGUCAGACAGGGAGAACUGAUAUAUGUGGCAAAUGUUGGUGAUUCUCGUGCUGUGUUGGCUACCAUUUCAGAUGAUGGAAACUUGGUGGCAGUUCAACUUACUAUUGAUUUCAAGCCUAAUUUACCUCAGGAGGCUGAGCGGAUAGCUCAGUGUCAGGGAAGGGUGUUCUGUCAGCAUGAUGAGCCUGGGGUUCACAGGGUUUGGCUGCCUAAUCAGGAAUCACCUGGACUGGCUAUGUCUAGAGCCUUUGGGGACUACUGCAUAAAGCCUUAUGGACUUAUUUCUGUGCCUGAAGUGACACAAAGGCAUAUAACAAGCAGAGACCAGUUUGUUGUUUUGGCAACUGAUGGGGUCUGGGAUGUUGUCUCCAAUCAAGAAGCUAUUCAAAUAGUAUCUUCAACACCAGACAAGGCAAAAGCCGCUAAGCAUCUAGUUGAGUGUGCUGUCCAUGCAUGGAAAAAGAAGAGGGGCAUUGCUAUGGAUGAUAUUUCAGCUAUUUGCCUCUUCUUUCAUUCUUCUCCUUUAUCACAAUCCCAGCAAGCCAGCUCUGCUGCUUUUGAAAAAUUAUAAUGUAAUCAGCCGGAUAACUUGUGCUCCUUAUUCUCAUUCAAUGUAGCUGGCUUGAAAAUCUCCUCAUAAUGCUCAUAUCAUUCUCCAUUUUACUAGCUAAUCUGAAUAUUGAUCAAUGUCAGUAAUCUGAUAUCCAUAUUAGUCUAAUCUUAACCCCGAAUUAAGGCUUUGCCUGAUU